AUGCCGAAACAGCAGCAAGCGCGACAACUAAGGGUCGAUUAUGCUGAUGGGGACCCUGCAAAUGCCCCUUCAAUUCCACCAUCUGAAAGAUCAAAUGUAGAAAGGCCGCCACCACCUUCUCAGCCACCACCACAAUCAAUUGUUCCGCAAAAUACACCACAACAAUCUGCAAUCGAAAAUCAAGCUCGAUUACUAUUAGCCCAGAAUCCACAACUCUCAUAUGCAUUGUUUCAAGCAAUGCUACAACAGAAUUUAGUCGAUCCAGCAAUAUUACCGGUUCAUAAUCUAGAAUUUGCUCGUGUACUACUGCAUAACAAUCCACAAGCACAAUCUCAACCUAAUCCUGUACAAAAUCCUCCUUCACUCGUGCCUCCGCCAAAUUAUGUUCCACCUAAUGUGCCCAAUGCUGCCGCAGUGCCACCACAACUUCAGCCGGCUAUGUAUUCUACGAUCCCUCAACAACCUCAACCAAUGAUUCAACAACCUAUAGCACAAACUAUGCAGCAACCUAUGACACAGACCAUGCAACAGCCGAUAACGCAAACUAUGCAACAACCAAUGCAACCGCCGAUGGGAAUGCCAGUGAUGAAUGCCGGAAUGAUGCCUGUUAUAGGGAAUGUUGGUGUUACCCCAGCUACGUCAUCUGUAGCUGGAAUGCAACUUUUACUUCAAGUUCUUAAUCUUCCACAACAACAAAUUGAUAUGUUGCCACCCGACCAACGUAACAAUAUUUUAGCUUUGGUGGGUGUUGAUUCACAAAUUGGUUUGCUAAUUAUUGGUUAUUCACCUGAAA